UCCUGUUAUUGCUGACGUGGUGCUGGGGACAAGGCUCAUUUCACCGGGGGAAUGGGCUGGGAAAGGCUCGUGUAGCCAGCAUGGCUCUCACUGAAUGAACACUGAGAGCUAGGCACCUCUCGCUGCAGAAGCCCUCCUCCCUCCCUCCAGCACUGCCCCCUUUCCUUCUCCUUCAGCACGGAGGACCUGGCUCUCCCCGCUCCCUCCCAGACCUCAGCAGAGGCGAAGGGGAGGGUGGCCUGCAGGCCAAGCGGCUCUGGCUUGAAGGCACGAAGAGCUGCAGGAGAGGGAUGGCAGGGGCAAGAGGAGGUGAGGGGGCAGCUGCAGCUCCCGCCUGGAUCGGGGCACUCUGCUUGUCUGCAGUCUCCUUGCUUCACCUGGUGAGCGGGAGGGAAACCGAGACAGACUGGACCCUGGAGAAGUAUUCUCAUCAACCAAGAAUUUUACAUUCUAACGCUAUUCAAGAAGUUGUAGAAAAUACAGAUGUUUCUCAAAUGUGGGAGAAUGAUUUGCAUCCUUUCCUGAUAGAAAGAUACUCAGGAUCACCAGGAAAUUAUGCCGUACGACAGCACAUCAAGCACCGUCUCGAAAGAUUACAGGCUGGCUGGGUAAUUGAAGAAGAUACAUUUCAGAGAUACACACCAUAUGGAUAUCAAACAUUUUCAAAUAUUAUCAGCACUCUCGACCCCUCUGCAAAACGCCACCUAGUUCUUGCUUGCCACUACGACUCAAAGUUCUUUGGCCCACAGUGGCAGGGGAGAGCAUUUGUGGGAGCCACUGAUUCAGCCGUGCCUUGUGCUAUGAUACUGGAGCUCGCACGUGCCCUGGAUAACAAGUUGCAGUUACUCAAGACCAGCUCAACCUCAAGACCAGACCUUUCACUUCAGCUUAUUUUUUUUGAUGGUGAAGAAGCCUUUGUCCAGUGGUCACCUUCUGAUUCCCUCUAUGGAUCUCAACACUUAGCUCAAAAAAUGGUGUCUACUCCACAUCCACCUGGUUCAACAACCACAAAUCAGCUCCAGGGCAUUGACCUGCUUGUACUACUGGAUUUAAUUGGUGCACCAAACCCAGUCUUUCCCAAUUAUUUUCCAAACACUAUCCGAUGGUUUCAGAGGCUUCAAGCAAUUGAGCAAAAGCUACACAGCAUGAAUCUGCUGAAGAAUCACCUUGUUGAAAGACAGUAUUUCCAGCCUUAUUUACAUCGAGGCUUGGUUGAAGAUGACCAUGUUCCAUUUUUAUUAAGAGGGGUUCCAGUCCUACAUCUGAUUCCAUCCCCUUUUCCUGAAGUAUGGCAUACUAUGGAGGACACAGAAGAAAACCUUGACAAAACCACUAUCGACAAUCUCAGCAAAAUUCUGCAAGUGUUUGUACUGGAAUAUCUCAAUCUGUGAUAAGUACACUGGCAAGAAAUCAUAAGCUAUUUUAAAUACUGUUUACCCACUUUCAAGUUGCUAUUUAAGUUUCAUUGGAGAGCACUAAAGCAAAGCAAAAUACAGCAAUAGCUGUUGCUAAACUGAUUCAAUUUUCUGAUAUAAAGAUAUCACUAAAUAAGAAUUAGUUUCAGCCUGUAAAGAAUUUGAUUUUUCCAUGUCUUGCCUAUGAACAAAGGAAAAACUGAAUUUUUCCACAUUGUUACCACUGCUUUAUAUGCCACAUAUCAAGAUCCCAGGAGAAAAUGCCUCCCAACUUCAGUGUAGCUACAGUUUUUACAAGGUGUAACCAACUUUUCUACUGGUCAGCAAUAGAAAUUUAGAGUAUAUUACCCUAAGAGGCAAAAUUCACAUUAAAACAUACCUCUGCUUUGGGUUGAACUGAACCACCUCAUCCUGAAAAUAGCCGCUAGAAUUUCUGACCCAUAGAAAGAAUUUCCAAUCCUCUCUACUCUCCACCCUUAUUUCUCUAAGUGGAGUACUGAGCUCCUUUCCGCAGACAAUAGGCCACUAUAAAACUGCCCUAAAACAGUUUUCUUUCUCUCCUUUGUUGGAUACUGUUUGUUGGAAGAGGGUAGGGGGAAGUGAUGCUAACAGGAAGGUAUGUGGGGAUUUCUACCAUGUUUUGACUACACACAGGAGAUAUAAACAGAAUAGCAGGUGCUGUGUAGGAGCACAUGGCCCAGCACACAUCAAUUCAUGUGAGAAUCAUUCACAAUUUGACACAUUCCCCCACAAUAGAGACAAGAAAAACUGCUGUUUGCAAUACAAAUUACAUCAGAAGUAAUCAUACUAUGAAUGUGAUCAUUUUAAAAACUAGUUUUACAUAAAUAUGAUUUUCAAGGUGCAGUGCUAUCUAUCAAAAAUAACGUAAGCAUGAGAGUAAAAAGCAAGGAGACGGUUUAAACAUCUAACUGUUCGGAUCAGCCACAGCCUGUAUCAGAAAAAGAUACUCAUUACUUUAACAAUCCUGUGAUUGUAAAUUCUCUGAUGGAAUUAUUCAAGAAAUUCAGCAUGAUACUGUGGCAAAAAUCUAGCCUAGAGUGAAGUCAGCUUAGAAGUAGGCAGGAGAAUACUCAAAAGCUGCCUAUAAAAUUAUUGUUUCCCCCAAAGAGAAAAAGAGCAUGUGAUGAGAGAAAAAGAAUCAGUAUUUUCUGCUCGGAUAGCUUCUUCCAUUAGAAAGUUCUAUCCUGUGCAAAAAGAUUUAACAAAGAGAUAACCCAUAGAGUUGUAAUCACGUCAAAUUUGGCCUGUAUUUCACUCUUUGCUAAAAGCAAACAUUUCUGAACCUAAGAUAAAUAUUUACAUACGUAUUUUAAAGUUGCAAUAGAAGAAUAUACUUAGAGUAAUGCAAAUUUGCAAAACUGUGCUAUUACGUUGCAGCCUGAAAAUGAAACUCUAUUUUUGUUGCUCAACACCAAACAGAAACACCACUUUUUCUCAUCUUUUUGCACGUGUGAUUUCUCUAUGUGAUUUCAACAUUUUGCAUGCAAAUUCCAACA